AUGGCUAUGACCCCGCGAACAAGCAGCACCACAGCCUCCUGCUGUACCUUCUCAUGACCUCCUGUGACCUCUCAGACCAGACCAAGGGCUGGAAGACCACCCGGAAGAUUGCAGAGAAAGCCAUGGGCAACCGUCCGAUGGAGAUGAUGGACAGAGAAAAGGCUUACAUCCCUGAGCUGCAGAUUAGCUUCAUGGAGCACAUCGCCAUGCCCAUCUACAAGCUGCUCCAGGAGCUCUUCCCCAAAUCGUCGGAGCUCUACGAGAGGGUGGCCAGCAACAGGGAGCACUGGACCAAAGUCUCGCACAAAUUCACACUCAGGGGCCUGCCUAGCAACAACUCCCUGGACUUCCUGGAUGAGGAGUACGACUUGCAGUCCAUGGGCGAGAAGGACGGCCUGAAGAUGAACGGGUGCCUGGACGACGGGGAAGAAGACGGCCACCGGGAAUCGGAACUGGAAUGAAGGCGGCCGGAGAUCCCACCACCACCCCAUCCCCUCUCUACUCGCCCCUCCCUCCCCACACACAAGUGCAACUUUGACCCCCCCUCCCUCCCUCCGCCUUCCCCAGAGAAAGAGGGUGCUGAGAGGCUGCUGAGUUUGGAAACAAGAAAUCCCCCCUCUUCUAUUUUUUAAUUUGUGCCGUGCACUUGACCUGCUGCAAACCAACAUCUCCCCUUCCACUCUCUUCCCCAUUUCACUCCGGGGUCCCAAUUUCUGCAUUUGGUCCGUUCGCUCUGGAGUCGCCCCGGUUUUAACCGCCGGUUCUGGUUUCCUUCUGAGCCGAGGUGGCGCAGUGGUUAGGGUGCGGUACUGCAGGCCACUUCAGCUGACUGAUAUC